UUUGGCAUAUGACAUUCGUGUACGCUUGUUGAUUCCCAUGGCGGUGUGUGGUUUCUCCGGAGUGAGCCGUAAGCCAACGACAGAGAAUAUGGCAGCGUUACUUGUCGGCCCUUCCAUGGCUUCCCCUUCAAUUCUGAGGUACCCAGUAACGAAUUCGAUGACAGCGAUGAAUUUUGUUCAUCAUUUGCCAAAAACCCACAUGGUCAUCCCUUUUCGGGGAGCGGAAACGUGCUUCAGCUCGAGCUUUUUCUCUCUUUGCAUACCGAGAAAACAGUUUCCGAAGUCAUUUCAAGUGCGGUCAGUUGCAGCUCCUUCAGAAGCCACUACUGGGUUUGAUGAGAUGGUUUCUGGGACCAAGAGGAAAUAUUAUAUGUUAGGUGGAAAGGGAGGGGUUGGAAAGACAAGCUGUGCUGCAUCUCUUGCUGUAAAAUUUGCUAACAAUGGUCACCCUACUCUUGUGGUUUCAACUGACCCUGCUCAUUCUUUAAGUGACUCCUUUGCUCAGGAUUUGACUGGAGGGAUGCUAGUGCCAGUUGAAGGACCUGAUUAUCCAUUGUUUGCCCUGGAGAUAAACCCUGAGAAAGCUAGGGAAGAAUUUCGCAGCGCAAGCCAAAAAAAUGGUGGAAGUGGAAUCAAAGAUUUCAUGGACGGCAUGGGCCUUGGGAUGCUUGUUGAACAGUUGGGAGAAUUAAAGCUGGGAGAGCUGCUGGACACACCUCCUCCUGGUCUGGAUGAAGCAAUUGCCAUUUCCAAGGUUAUGCAAUUCCUUGAAUCAAAAGAGUAUAAUAUGUUUACAAGAAUAGUUUUUGAUACUGCCCCAACGGGUCAUACACUUAGGCUUUUGUCCUUGCCUGAUUUCUUGGAUGCAUCUAUAGGGAAGAUAUUGAAGCUUAAGCAGAAGCUAGCUUCAGCUACUUCAGCCAUCAAAUCUGUCUUUGGCCAGGAAGGAACCCAGCAGGAUGCUGCUGACAAAUUAGAGCGUUUAAGGGAGAGAAUGAUAAAAGUACGGGAGCUUUUCCGUGACACAGAUGCAACAGAAUUUGUCAUUGUAACGAUCCCCGCGGUUAUGGCGGUGAGUGAAUCAUCAAGGUUGCGAGCAUCCUUGAAGAAGGAAAAUGUUCCUGUCAGGAAACUUAUUGUUAAUCAGGUCCUUCCUCCAUCUGCCUCUGACUGCAAAUUUUGUGCAAUGAAAAGGAAGGAUCAGAUGCGUGCUCUUGAUAUGAUACGGAGUGAUCCAGAACUAUCUGGCUUGACACUGAUUGAGGCACCCCUUGUUGACGUGGAGAUCAGAGGUGUCCCCGCUCUCCAGUUCCUGGGCGACAUUGUUUGGAAAUGAAAAUCUGCUUGAUGAUAUCCGGAUUCAGUAUAAUUGUUGCGGCAGUUGCUUGGACUGACUGUUGUUGAGAUCCGGUCACACGCUGGAAGUUGGCUGUUCACGCCCCUUUUAGAAUGGUUUGCCGCUGGCUCGACUGUCUCUGUAAAGACAAACUGCCAUGGAGAUGCUGGCUGGACACCGAGCUGAUUCAUCUUUACACAAGGAUGUGCAUAAAGCUGCAAAGAUACUGAGUUACAUUACAAUGUAGAAGGACAAAUUUUAUCUACCGGGUAAUGGAAUUUUGUGUUUUGUCAGUAAUUUUAACUAGUAGACAAGCAACAUCAAGAGGAAAUGAAUAAAGCAAAUGUUGCUUAGCAUGAUUUGAGCUCUC